CAUCCUAUCUUAAUUGCUCCCUUUCUCUCAACUUCAUCAUAAAUAUACUUACUUAUAUAUUCACACAUACAACACAAACACUUGCACAUUGUUUCAUUGUUCUCUUCCCUACCCACAUUAAACACUACCACCUGCUUUCUCUCUCUCUCUCUCUCUCAUUCAUAUUCUUAUUACGCCAUAACUUCACUUUUCUCCAACCGUAUGCUACUACUACUACUACUCAAUAACUGUUCCUUCUUAUUCAAACGCUGUUAAACAAAAUUAACUCAACUCAACCAAUUGUUUCUUUUUCUUCAAUUAACUAUGUCGGCUCGCAUUGUAGCUGAAGAUGUUCCCGAUUCUUAUUUCGAUUUUAUGGAAAUGGACGACUUCACGCGCCGCCGUGACGCCGGUGAUAUGCCGACUCUCGGACAGCUUCUCAAACACGUUGGAGAUGUAAGGAAAGAAGCUAUUGGUGAUGGCAGUGAGACGCCGGUGCACCACACUCUUGACAUCAACGGAAUGGAGGUUCGAUCACUUCCUUUCGUUCUUUCCUUCAACAACCUUACCUAUAGUGUUAAGAUACGUAAUAAAAUGAGUUUCACCGACUUAUUCUCUCGCCGCCGUGCAUCUCCGGUCGCUGAGACGCCUGCACUCGGGGAGACUGCGUUUUCACGGAGUAAGAUUCUGCUCAACGAAAUCUCCGGUGAAGCACGUGACGGUGAGAUCAUGGCUUUCCUCGGAGCCAGUGGCUCUGGUAAAUCAACUUUGAUUGAUGCUCUAGCAAACAGGAUCGCAAAAGGUAAAUUGAAAGGAACUGUGAAGCUCAACGGAGAGUCGGUUGAGUCUCGUCUUCUGAAGGUGAUUUCUGCCUAUGUGAUGCAAGAUGAUCUCCUCUUUCCAAUGCUCACAGUUGAAGAAACUCUCACCUUUGCAGCUGAAUUCCGAUUACCGCGAUCACUCUCAAAAUCAAAGAAAAACGCUCGUGUUCAAGCUUUGAUUGAUCAACUAGGACUCCGCAACGCAGCGAAAACAGUUAUCGGAGACGAAGGUCACCGUGGAGUCUCUGGUGGAGAAAGGCGUCGAGUUUCAAUCGGAAUCGACAUAAUCCAUGAUCCAAUAGUGCUCUUCCUAGAUGAACCAACUUCAGGAUUGGAUUCCACAAGUGCUUUCAUGGUUGUUAAAGUACUUCAGAGAAUUGCACAAAGUGGAAGCAUCGUGAUCAUGUCAAUUCAUCAACCAAGUUACAGAAUCUUAGGUCUUCUUGAUCGUAUGAUCUUCUUAUCGCGUGGACAGACAGUUUACAGCGGUUCACCAUCGCAGUUACCUUCAUACUUUGCAGAAUUCGGCCAUCCCAUACCUGAAGGUGAUAACCGAACAGAAUUCGCGUUAGACCUGAUUCGCGAAUUGGAAGGUUCACCAGGAGGAACAAAAAGCUUAGUUGAAUUCAACAAAUCAUGGCAAAGCAUGACCAAACUUCACAACAACAAUGACAUUUCACAAAAUGCAACACCGUCGUUAUCUUUGAAGGAAGCUAUCAGCGCUAGCAUUUCCAGAGGGAAAUUAGUUUCUGGCGCAACAGCUGCAACUAAUUCAAAUGCAAUAGCCACAUCACCAUCUUCUUCAUCAUCCUCAAUCGUGCCUACUUAUGCAAAUCCGUUUUGGAUUGAGUUAUUAACACUUUCGAAGCGUUCAAUAACUAAUUCAAGGCGAAUGCCUGAACUAUUUGGGAUAAGAUUGGGCGCUGUUAUGGUAACUGGUUUCAUUCUUGCAACAAUGUUUUGGCAACUUGACAACAGUCCAAAAGGUGUACAAGAAAGGCUUGGAUUCUUUGCUUUUGCAAUGUCAACUACUUUCUACACCACUGCAGAUGCACUACCAGUUUUCAUUCAAGAACGGUUCAUUUUCAUGAGAGAAACAUCUCACAACGCUUACAGAAGAUGGUCUUACGUGAUUUCGCAUGCUAUUGUUGCUUUGCCUGCUUUGUUGUUUCUAUCACUUGCUUUUGCCUGCAUAACAUUUUGGGCUGUGGGGCUUGAUGGUGGAUUCUCAGGUUUUUUGUUUUACUUUGUUAUCAUUCUUGCUUCAUUUUGGGCAGGGAACUCGUUCGUUUCGUUUCUUUCAGGUGUGGUUCCUCAUGUGAUGUUGGGUUACACUAUCGUGGUUGCAAUUCUUGCAUAUUUCUUAUUGUUCAGUGGGUUCUUUAUCAAUAGGGAUAGAAUCCCUGGGUAUUGGAUUUGGUUCCAUUACAUGUCAUUGGUUAAGUACCCAUAUGAAGCAGUUCUGCAGAACGAGUUUAGUGAUGCAGCUAAAUGUUUUGUGAGGGGGGUGCAGAUUUUUGAUAACUCACCUCUUGCUUCAGUGUCUGAUGCAUUGAAGUUGAAAUUGUUGGACAGUAUGAGUGAUACAUUAGGAAUGAAAAUCACAGCGUCUACUUGUUUGACAACUGGUACUGAUUUGUUGAAGCAAAAUGCGGUGACGGAUUUGAGCAAGUGGAAUUGUUUGUGGGUAACUGUGGCUUGGGGUUUCUUCUUCAGGAUUCUAUUCUAUUUGUCUUUGUUGCUGGGUAGCAAGAACAAGAGGAGUUGAUCAAGAUGAACACCAUCCAUCAUACUGUCUGUGUUUCAAUUUGUUUAUCCUUGGUUAUUAUUUUUUUAAUUACAUUUGUAACCUGUUUUUAAUUGGCAAGUGCUGGGUACGCUGUGGUACAAAAGUGUAAUACCCAUUUAGUUGAUUAUUUAGAAUUUGGUUGGUUUAUGACAAACAUCCGUCAAUACUCAAUAGAAUAAAGUAAAAUUUUAAUUUAUA